AUGGCACGCCCACCACUCAUCAAAUCGAUAGUCCACUUUCUCUUCUCGGUAGCCACCACCGUCCUGCUCUUCCUAAUCUCGCUUGGCCCCAUACCGCAACAUAUAGGAUUUGUGAUGGACGGCAAUAGGAGGUAUGCCCGAGUUUUGGGAAAGAAAGUAUCCGAGGGUCAUGGGGAGGGUUUCACAGCUUUGAAGAGGACGCUGGAAAUUUGUCUUCGACUUCGUAUACGAGUAGUGUCAGUCUACGCGUUUGCUAUAGAUAACUUCAACAGAUCAGAAAAUGAAGUCUCAGCUUUGAUGAGAUUAGCGAAAGAUAGAUUGGCUGAGUUAUGUCAACAUGGGGAGCUGCUAGAAGAAUACGGAGUCAAAAUCCGAUUUAUAGGUCAGACUUCACUGUUCCCCAUGGACGUCCAAGAAGCUAUCAAAGAAAUGGAAGAAAUGACUUCUCAUCAUAAGAACGGAGUGCUGAACGUAUGCAGUCCUUAUGCUUCAAGAGACGAGAUAGCUUCAGCAACGAAAGGGACUGUUCAAGCUGUAUAUGACGGUGAAUUGGUUCCCCACGGUAUCACCUCUCAAGAUGUCUUUGAUAGAUUAGGAACGUCUAAAGCUAUAUCACAAGUGAAUCCAAAGCUAUUCAAAAGACCUGAAGAAGCCGGAAAAUUGGAUAUAUUAGUUAGGACUUCCGAUGUCAAACGAUUAAGCGAUUUCAUGAUGUGGCAAGCGUCUGAAGACACACAACUGCACUUUGUCAAGACAUACUGGCCUGAAUUUGGACUAUCAGAUAUGAUACCGAUCUUACUGGGAUGGCAGCAGAAACAAUGGAUGAGACAACUAGGUUUUGUUUAG